AGGAAACAGGGUGUAAAUGUUCCUCCUGUCUCUGAACAUAUCUGAGCGAGCGGGGUGACGCCGGGGCGGGCUCGGUGUCGGCGGUGAGCUGCUAGCUUAGUGUUAGCUUGGUUUAGCCUCGGGGAGGAUGAGGAGGAGGAGGAGGAGGAGGAUGAUGAUGAUGAUGGGGAUGGUGAGGAUGACGAUGAGGAGGAGGAUGAUGAUGACGACGAUGAGGAGGAGGAUGAUGACGACGAUGAUGAUGAUGACGAUGAGGAGGAUGAUGGCGAUGUCGUGUCAGACCCGAGGCUGCUAACGGACUUCAUCCGCACUCAAGUGAUUUCACAACGAGGUCUCGUCCAACCACGGGGAGUCGGCGACUCACUUCUGCUCUGUCGUGACCCGCUGCUCUGCUGUGUGGUUGUCGUUUCCCUCGUUAACGUCUCACCUGGUUCCAACGUGUCAAAACAUCAAUGCAAUGCUGCUUCUCAGAGGUUGCCACAGCCUUACUCGAUUUGGCCCUCGCUCUAUCCAAAGGCAUCAGGUGGUACCUGCUGUUGCACCGUGUGCAGUUCGCCUCUGUAGCAGCAGCGGCGGCGGCGGUGACGACCAGAGAUCGUACCAGCGCAGCCCCAGUCUCACCUGGACACAUGGCCUCGCGGGACUGCUGGCCGGUACGGGGGCAGUGCUGGCUUAUGGCCUCCACCAGCACAAGGCUGAGCAGGUCGACACCAUCGGAGCACAGAGCUCCUCUCUUCCCAUCUUCAGCCAGGAAGAAGUCACAAAGCACCGCUCUCUGGAGGACGGUGUGUGGGUCACUUACAAAGGUGGCGUCUACGACAUCACUGAGUUUGUGGCAAUGCACCCUGGCGGGGAUAAAAUCCUGUUGGCAGCUGGUGGGGCCAUCGAACCCUUUUGGGCAUUGUAUGCUGUACACAACCAGGAGCAUGUGUUGGAAAUGCUCUCAGGAUAUAAGGUCGGUGAGCUGAGUGCUGAAGACCGGAAGAAGCAGCAGGCGGUUAAAUCAUCCGACCCGUACUCCUCUGAUCCAGAGCGUCACCCCGUCCUGCGCAUCAACAGCCUCAAGCCCUUCAAUGCUGAGCCGCCUCCUGAAAUCCUCUCCGACAGCUACAUCACCCCCCCGGCUUUCUUCUUCAAAAGAAAUCACCUACCGGUUCCUCAGGUGGACCCGGCUUCUUACCAGCUCCACGUGGAGGGACUACCAGGAGGAUCGCUGAUGCUGUCUUUACAGGACCUGAAGACUCGCUUCCCCAAAUACACGGUCACUGCCACACUGCAGUGCGCAGGUAACCGCCGCUCUGAGAUGAAUAAGGUCAAGCAGGUGAAAGGACUAAACUGGGGCAUUGCUGCAAUCAGUAAUGCCACAUGGAGCGGCGCUAAACUCAGGGAUGUGCUGCUGGCGGCCGGCUACGGGCCCAAUGUGGCUCAGUGGGCUCAACAUGUUCAGUUUGAAGGCCUGGAUGCGGAUGUGACGGGUACUAGCUACGGUGCCUCCAUCCCUCUAAACAAGGCGGUCAGCGAGGACGGUGACGUGCUGCUGGCUUAUGAAAUGAACGGCGAGGAGCUUCCCGCCGACCACGGCUUCCCUGUCCGCGUGGUGGUACCAGGCACGGUGGGUGCACGCAAUGUGAAAUGGCUGGGGAAGAUCAUAGUGAGCGCCGAUGAGAGCGGCAGCCACUGGCAGCAGAACGACUACAAGGGUUUCUCCCCCGGGACGGACUGGGACACAGUGGACUUCAAGUCUGCCCCGGCCAUUCAAGAGCUGCCCAUUCAGUCUGCCAUCACCACACCUGCAGACGGCGCCGUGGUGGAUCGCUCUGAAGAGGAGGUGACUGUGAAGGGCUACGCCUGGAGCGGCGGGGGCCGAGAGGUGGUACGUGUCGAUGUUUCUCUAGACGGAGGAAAGACGUGGCAUGUGGCCCGACUGAGGACAAAUGACAAGGGGCAAGCGGCUGAACCGUCACCUCCACCGGGACGAGCCUGGGCCUGGAAGCUGUGGGAGGUGACGGCUCCUCUUCCAACCGAGGCUCAGGAACUGGAGAUAGUCUGCAAGGCAGUUGACAACAGUUACAACAUGCAGCCAGACACAGUCGCUCCCACAUGGAACCUGAGGGGCGUCCUGAGUAACGCCUGGCACAGAGUGAAGGUGACGAUCAGAGAGGACGAGGAGGAGGAGUAGAAUCCAUGGUUUGCUCCACAUUCUAGAUGCAGACGUUCAGAAAGGGGACACUGUUGUACAUCAUUUGGACUUUUUUUUUAACUGAGACAAAGCACGCACAAUAUUUAAUAAGUAUCUUAACAAACACAGCAGAAUGUUUUGACAGACAGUGUUAGAGUAUUUAUGCAGCCAUUUCUCCUGUGAGACUAUACACAAUGUACAUACUGUACAUUAAACAAAGCUUAAGGUUAUGAAGGAUUCAACUGAACAAUGUUUCAUCAAGUGAUAAGCCACUUGCACUGUAGUCAUGAGAAAAUAUGUGAGGAUCCAUCAUCCAGGAAUCUGCAGCUAUGGCUUCGCCGAUCAAUAACCUCUGCAACAGAUAAAUUAAUGAAAUCUAUUUUUAUGGGAGAAGUUUUAGUAGCUUGAAGAAUAUUUAUCAGAAGUUACCAGAGUCCUCAUGUCUACAGGAUCCUGAAAGGGACAAAAGAGUUGACCAGAAAGUGAUGAAUAAGAGCAAGAGAUACAGUAUUUUUAUGGAAUUAGUGGAAUAGUUUUGCAGUUUUUGACUUUCCAUGGGUCCACUAACAAAUGGAGUGAGAGUUUAUUACUAAACGUAUACAUUUAAAACUAUUUCAGCUUAAUUUCAACUCAAUACAGAUUAUAACGACAUUUUGCUUUGACUCAUAUUUUAAGUACAAGAGUUUCCCCCUAUUAUAAAUAACAUUUUGAUCAUACUGACAUCAAACUACUUAUCUACCCUGUUUUGGCAACAGAAGCAGUCUGACUAAUUAUUUUUGAUCUGCUUCACAUAUUCAUAACAGUUUGUUCAUCAUCAGAAGAAAGAGCAAAAAUACUACUUUUCUAUUCUGGUAAUGUGAUCUAGAUGAAUUUCACUUUCAACUGUCGUCAUAGCCAACAAGUCAUAUUUGUUCUCAUCAUAUCAGGUACUUUAUAUGUCUGACAGUGUCUCUCUUUGACUCUGGGUGUCUUGUCUGUGCCAAGGGGCCUGUUGCUAUGUCGACGGCUCAAAAAUCUCAAAUAAUCUUUAUGUGUUAAAACAUAUUGUCUUAAUUAUACAGAAAUCAAGUUUAAAGUUGCAAAGGCUUUAUCUGAUGCGAAUGUAUCUCUAAUCAUUAUUACACUAUGGUACCAAAAUCAUGGGUCAUAUCCUGGAUUUUGUUUUUUUUAUUGAAAAGUUAAACCAACUUUCACACAAACUUUCCUCAAUGUCGUCACAGAGGAAACAGGAUAUGAACUAACCUAGAGAAAAAAUAUUGCAGCUGGGAGGAAGCUAAUGGGAUGAAAAAAGGGUAGACAGUAAUUAUUUCAUAAAAUAUACAUAUAUAUAUAUAUAUAUAUAUAUAUAUAAACUGCACAUAAAACCAACAGUAAGUUGUAGGAUUAGUUCAGUUGCACAUUGACACCAUUUAGAAGAUAAUUAUCGUGAAUUAAAUCUAUAGGCCAUAAUUUGUGUGAUUUCUUAAUGACCUGGAAGAAAGGACGUUGUCAUGACGAUGACGAUGACCACUCUGGCCUUAGUUUGCAUGCAUGAUAAAUACAGUGGGACUCAUUUGUUUGUACGUAUCAAGGGGAGUGACCUGCUGGGAACGUUUUUUCGUCAGUCAUGUUUGUUAUAAAGUUUUCUUUCUGAUCGUUCUUUGACUCAUAAAUGACUAAAACUUUGGUCGUCAGAAAACACAUUUAUGUUGCUCAGCAGUUGAACCAGGCUGUGAGAACUGUCGUGCUCUGUCGAUGCUGAGUACAACCAGGCACUACUCACUAAGACUGAGGAGACAUGGACAGAAAGAGGAGGAAAGAAACAUCAGCAGCAAAAUGACUAAUAUCUUAAGAAAAUACUUCAGAAAUCAGAUUAGAAAAUACUGGUCUGUCGUGUAAAACUGGAUAAUUUGUUUUCUCAUGCUCGGAUCAAACAUAUCAAAUAUAAUGCUCCUGUGUUUGUUUGUUUUGGACACAGACAGUUGUCACUUUCAUCAGACUAUUUUCUGCUUAUUCUAGUCUUUUUUCCCUUUCCUUUUUUUUCAAGGUGUCAGAAGCAUCCUCAUUAAAAACAACUCUCUUCUUGCA